GACAUGACAGUUCUGUUUCCAACAACAAACUUGCAAAUUAUCAACUUUCGGUGAACCAGCGCUUAAUGUGACUACGCGUGUAAAUAUGUUUGUACGAUAGCCUUCCCUGUUUGGUCUGAUACUUGUUGCUGUUGCGUUGUCCUUUUUACAAAAAUAUAAUCAACAUGAACAACAGCGUCGAUGUAUUGCAAGAAAAACAUUUGUUGGUGGGUGAUUCUAACCCCCAUGCAGCUAACAAUAUUGUUUAUUACGGGGUCUACCUACCACGAGAAGACUCCAAUUCAACAGAAACGAGAGACCAGCUUCAUAUCUAUACAAAUAAAUCUGAAGCUUUGAAUGUUGUCAAGAAAUAUAAAAUGGGCCGAUUCAAAAGUUUCAAAACCUAUGUUGAGGCUAAGGUAUUCUCUGAACACGGCAAUGAGCAGCCAUUUUCUUCUGUAAUAGACAGCCUUCCAGCAUCGGUAAAACGAAGUGAUACAACUGUAGAAGAAAAAUCCAGCAACUUCAAAGCACCGAAAAAUCAAGACACUGUGCGUUUCAGGAAGUUCAUUGAGAAUGGAGAUAUAGCUACUGUUAAACAAAUUGUUUGGGAAAAUCCGAGAUAUCUAGUUAGCAGUGGUGACACACCUGCUAUUCUGCAGGAAGGGUCCCGGUACAACGCGUUACAUGUUGCCGUUAGAGUAGCCGGUAAGGUGGACAUGUGCGAGCUAAUAUUGAACACAGUGGGAAAUCCUGACUUUGUACGAUUAUUGGAUGGAGAAGAUGAUUAUUCUAACUAUCGAUAUCGUGCUCGAAUUUUGGUAGAUUUGUACUUGAAUACUCCGGAUAAAGGUCUAAACGAGACACCACUUCAUUUUGCCGUAAAAUUUGGACUCAAAGAAGUUGCUCAACUCCUGGUAUCCUAUCCACAAUGUCUAAAAACAACGAGAAACAAAUAUCAUCAAACUCCAGCGGAUAUAAUAUGCAGUAGAAAAUGUCAAGAAGAUGAAAUUUUGAAAAGGGAAAUACUUGCAUUGUUGGAUGAACAGUUUUAUGUGCCUGUGAUAAGAUCUGAGGAUAAUACAACCCAACCAUUAAUUGGUGAGCUCUUUUCACCAACGCGUCCACUGACUCUAAAUACAGAUCCAAUAAGCCCACGAGUUGAAGUCUCUGCCUUUGCUGGACCUAUGAAUAAGAAACAAGCAGUUGAAUUUAGAAAGAAAUGGAAGACCCCGCCGAGAAUACGAAGUACCCCAACUAUUGAGGACAUUUCAAUGGACGAUUCUUAUACUUUGAAUAGCCCCACGUCAAAUACUGUGUACCGUCUGCAGGAUACAGAAAAGGGUCUUGAACGUGUUGGUAGAGACCUUGCAAAGGAGUACCAUGUGUCAUGGAAAGAGUAUUGGUCUUUUUUGAACUCCUUUGCUGAUUUGACUAGUAAGGAUGGAUUGUUGAAGCUGGAAGGAUUUCUUGAAAAAAGAUUCAACUAUAGUUCACAGCAUAUGAUAGAGAAAAUGGAGAGUGAAUCCAUAAUAAACGGAAGUACAGAUACAUUUUCUGAAAUGAAUGCUCUGUGUACGCAGUUAAGUUCUUCCUCAUUGGAUACGGCAGAUAAUCAAGAUUCUGUGCAGAGACGUUUGUUUGAUGAUGAUAGUACAAAUGAGAAUGACGAGGAAUAUGAAUUUUACACCCCGCCAUCAUCACCAUGCUCUAUGUGCAGCAGUUCUGACGAAGACAUGUGUGCUGCUGAACAAGGAGAUAUGAUCUUCAUUCAGGGGCAAGCCCCAUCAAAACUAGAUUACGCAGUUUAUCAUGCCAUCUUUUCCGUUGAUAUAAGCCCAAACUCUUAUCCAAAUAUUUAUCUUUGGCGUCAUCAACUGCGACUGGUUAUGGAGACUGAAUCCACGAGAUUCAAUACCCCACUUGUUCCACGCAGAAGACUACUAAUGACUCCCUCGCCAAAUUGUAUAAAGACCUUGGAGUAUAAUUGAUGACAUCAAGAUCUAUAAAUCAUUUGUUCUCAAAAAGUACAAAAUGGUAAUUGGGGGAGGAGUUUUGCAAAAUGGAAAUGUUUAACUGCAACGGCAUAGGCAUGUGCGAAGGUAGUAAUACCAGUAAUAUGAUGAAAAGUACUCGCCAGCCGAGGGACAUUUUAUUGAAAUAUAUCGAUAUUCAUAAACUAGGUAAAAGAUAUUGCUGGAUUGUCUGGUAAUAUUCAAAAGUACAAAAUAGGUGCUCAAACGAAGGUACCCCCUACCAUUAUUAAACCAAGGGUAUUGUUGCCAAUCCUGUACAUGACAGGAACGUGAUUUAACAUUAGAUAGAACUAAUAAUCACCAAGAUAGUUUUAUGUAAGAUUUUACACACUAACAUUGAUGCAAAUGAGGAGUGAUAUCUGAGUCAUUUGGAAUCGUGAAUUUUAAGUGGCAUAGCUUCCAAUUGACAGGGUGAACUAAAACCAUAAACAUUUUGCUUAUACCGUGUAUAUCGCAGAGUGAUGAUAUUUUGUUUGCGCGUAUUUUAAUAAAAGACUUAUAUCUUGUUA